AUGCCGAUCCCUCAGCUCGUUCCAUCAAAGGGUGAAUCCUACGACCCCACCGAGAAACCUCCGCCGUUUGGGCACGCACUCAAGCAAUACAUCCCCCUCGACGAGGACUAUGUGAACCUCAACCCGGGCUCCUGGGGAACGCUACCUCUCCCCGUCCUUUUUGCUGCGACGCGUUUGGCAUACGAAAUUGAGAGGAACCCCGACAAAAUUUACCGCCAAGUCUUCCACCCCCUGAUUGUGCAAGCACGCACGAGCAUUGCGAAACUGGUCGGCGCGGACAGGGACGAGAUCGUCUUCGCUCCCAACGCGACCCAUGCUCUCAACACCGUCUUGCGAAACUUCGAAUGGCGCGAGGGCGACCUACUCGUUGGCGCUACGACGCUCUAUGGUGGCGUCGCCAAUACUAUCCGCUACCUCGCCGACCGCUCAGAGCACCCGCGACCCGAACCGUGCCUCGUCGAGUACACCUUCCCGCUCACCCACGCCCAGAUCCUCGACAUUUUCCGCACGAAACUGCGCGAAUUCAAGGCGCAGCACGUCAACUCCGGUAGGCUGUUCACCGACGUUCCCCCGCUCUCUCCGGGGUACACAGAGGACCCCGCGGAGAGGGAGAACAAGAUUGUGGUCGUGUUGGACUCCAUUACGGCAACCCCCGGCGCGCUCAUGCCGUGGCAGGAGAUGGUGCGCGUGUGCCGAGAGGAGGGUGCCUGGGCGGUCGUCGACGCCGCCCACAGCAUCGGCCAGGAGCCGGACAUCAACCUCAGCGAGGCAAAGCCCGACUUCUGGAUCACGGACUGCCAUAAGUGGCUGUAUGCCAAACGAGGCUGCGCGGUUCUCUACGUGCCCAAGCGCAACCAGCAUGUCAUCAAGUCGUCCAUCCCGACGUCGCACGAGUACGUGCAUGCGGGAGGCGCGAAGGCGAGGGAGAAGGGCACGAACUUCGUGAUGCAGCACGGGUGGACCGGAACGCCCGACCAUACAUCCUACGCCUCGGUUCCUGACGCGCUGGCUUUCCGCGAAUGGCUCGGCGGCGAAAAGGCUAUCAACGACUACUGUCACAACCUGGCGUUGGACGGCGGGGAGCGGCUCGCACGAAUCCUGGGCACUCGCGUGUUAGACGAGACUGGUGAGCUCACGCUGAACAUGGUGAACGUACAGCUACCUCUCCCGAUAGAGAAGAGCCGCGGAGAACUGUACACGCCCGAAAAGAUCGCGCACAUCAACGUGUACCUGCGCGACAAGCUCCUGGAUGAGUGGAAGACGUACGCGGUGCACUUCUUCCACGCCGGCGCAUGGUGGUGCCGCUGCAGCCCGCAGGUGUUUAACGAAUUGUCGGACUUCGACUAUCUCGGGAACGCGCUCAAUGUCAUCUGCGAAGAGAUCACGGAGGCAUUCAACGUAGCGAUGAACUAGGCUUGACGGAACCUUCUUGUAUGUACGAGUAUUACGAAGUAAGCGGGGCCCCCAAUUCGUAUCUUGACCGUGUAUUAUACAUCGC